ACCAGAUGCACAAAUAACACAAGAACCCGGCGAUGUAUCUCCCCCUUUACCCUCUUUAGAUACAAAGGAACCUUUAAAACAAACAAAGCAGUCACGCCCUUCUUCUGCACGUCCUUCGCCAACACUCUCAAUGAGUUCUUAUGCUGGGACUUCUCAGCAUCCAAACCCUCGUGCGCGAUUACUACUUAAUAUGCCAGACACCCCUACAAGUUUGGCUGGAAAAGAGGAGGAUCCAUUUGCCGCGAAGUUCGCACCAAAUUCCAGCGAAAUGAAGGGCGUCUACUCUGCACAACAAUCUCGUUCUUCUUCUAUGGCCGCCGAAUCCGGAAGUGAAUGGGAAGAUGAGGAAUCUGUUAAACCGAAAAAGAAGAAGAAACAACAGAAAGUCAAAUCGCGCAGUCAUGAUGACGCACAGCAAUCUCAAUCACGAAAUGAGCACUCUGAGCCUUCCAGACCGAACACUGCGACACAAGUAUCCAGACGUUCGUCAUUUAAUGAUAACAAAGCUGAUAAAUUCGAUAAGUCGAGUAAACAACGAUGGGCUGCUCUCAAAAGUAAAAUUAUUGGAAAUAAAGGUCCAAUACAGUCUCGUACAGGUGCUGAAGUUGAUUUAGUGUCUGAAUGUAUGUACGGAAUGCUCCCAGCCGUUAUGCUCAAGAUGGCUCUUGAUCGCGACGAACAUCAGUCACCACGUAUACCAGUAUUUCUCCAUCAUUUGAAGAUCAGAGUUAGUGAUAGUGUACACCCAUUAUCCAACACUCAUGCUAUGUUUAGAAUUGAGUGCCAAUACGGUGAUUCUAAUCUAAGAUGGACAAUUUACAGAGAGCUACGUGAUUUUGUCAGUCUCCACACACAUUUCCGUGUCGCCUCUGUACGUAGAACGAUGGAAGGUCUUCCCGAAUUUCCAAAAACUAGUCUACCGUACUUCAAUCUACUCAAAAGAGAAGUCAGAUUAAAAGGAAGGGAAUUGUCUAAGUCGGAUUUCGCUAGAAUGCAAAGAGAUGCUCUCCAAAAUUACCUCAUUGAUCUCAUUCGUUCGACAAUGUUCUCUUCAUCUGCUAAUCGCAUUUGUCGUUUCUUUGAAUUCUCAGCCAUGACUGUAUUCCUCAUUUCAAAGGGUGGUAGUCAGGGGAAAGCUGGAUAUUUGCGCAUAAUGUCCAACAAUUGUGGUAGACUAUCAGCACAACCGUCUAUUGUAUCUGGAAUCAAACUAAAGAAACUACGAGAACCAAAGUGGUGGAUCGUCAGAGAUGAUUAUCUAGUUUGUGUUGAAGAUGCACACUCAAUCAACCUUUAUGACGUAUUCCUGAUUGAUAGUGACUUUUCAAUUGAAAGGCCAAAAAGAUACUACAGGCAAACUGCAAAUGCAAUCAGAGCACCUUUUGUAGAAGGUGAAGCCUUUAUUCAGCAGCAUCAUCCUCACUUGCCUGGUCAUCAUCCACGACAGGCCACCCAACCAAAGGACAGUAAAUUAGAUCAUGUUAAAAGUAUAGACACGCGUCCUUCAAGUUCAUAUGCGCGUGAAAAUAGUGCAGAUGAAGCGAACCUCAAUCUUGAACAACAGCAAAUUAAUGAUAACGUUGACUCCGAUAAUCAACUUGUCUCAUCUACUUAUAAAAAAGACACAUCAACACAUACUUUCUACAUACGUAAUAGUGAAAGGAGGAUGAAGCUGGUAGCAAAGAAUGAGAGACAAAUGGAGCAAUUUAUUCAGAGUAUGAUGAUGAUGAAAAAUAUGACACCUUGGUCACAGAUACACAGAUUUGAUUCAUAUGCUCCAGUACGCUUGAACGUUAGUGCACAGUGGCUAGUAGAUGGUAGAGACUACUACUGGCAAUUAUCAAGAGCUGUUUCCUUGGCUCAAGAAAGUAUUUACAUCCAUGAUUGGUGGUUAUCACCUGAACUGCAACUUCGUAGACCAGGUCAACAUAAAUGGAAACUAUCUAAUCUCUUGCAACGUAAAGCAGAAGAGGGUGUCAAGAUUUAUGUCAUCGUCUACCGUGAAGUUAGUAACGAAUUUACACCAAUUGAUAGUAAUUAUACCAAACAAACUUUGCGCUCCUUACAUGAGAAUAUCAUGGUACAAAGAUCUCCUUCACAUUUGUCAACUGGCGUCUUAUACUUCUCUCACCACGAGAAGUUAUGUGUCAUUGAUCAAACUAUGGCCUUCAUGGGUGGAUUGGAUCUAUGUUUUGGUAGAUGGGAUACGCCGCAACAUAUCUGCGUCGAUGAAGGAGGCGAGAAUGGAAAUGACUUUAUCUGGCCUGGAAAGGAUUAUUCUAAUGCCCGUGUUUCCGAUUUCCAUUCUUUGACUAAACCAUACGAAGACAUAUUUGAUAGACCGACCACACCUCGUAUGCCAUGGCAUGACGUCGCUUUACAAUUAAUCGGACAACCAGCUCGCGAUUUAUCUAGGCACUUUAUCCAACGUUGGAACUACCUCCUUAGGACAAAGCAUCAUAGCAGAGAGCUCCCAUUCUUGCUCCCACCAGGAGACCUCACAAAUGCCGAACUCGAAAACCAGAGAAUGAAGGGAACUUUAGAGAUGCAAAUCUGUAGGUCUUGUGGUCCUUGGAGCAUUGGUACACCAGACAAAGUAGAACACUCUAUUCAAAAUGCCUAUGUUAAAGCUAUUCAAAAGAGUGAACAUUUCGUUUAUAUUGAAAAUCAAUUCUUUGUUACUUCGACAAUUGUCGAUACAACUGUAAUUGAAAAUCAAAUAGGAGAUGCACUCGUCAAUCGUAUAAUUAGAGCUUAUCGUGAAAAUCAAACAUGGAGAGCAUGUAUAAUUGUACCUCUUUUACCAGGAUAUGCUGAAUCAGUUGAUAACCCUAACGCAUCAUCAGUUCGAUUAAUUGUCGAUUGUCAAAACAGGUCAAUUUGCAGAGGUGCACAUUCCAUUUUCGCGAGAUUGAGAAAGGAGGGUAUAGAUCCGGAUGAUUAUAUCACUUUCUUCAGUUUGAGAAGUUGGGGUAAAUUCAAAUCAGGUAACCUGACUUCAGAGAUACUCUAUAUUCACGCCAAGACAAUGACAGUUGAUGAUAGACUGACAAUUAUUGGUAGUGCCAAUAUAAAUGAACGUAGUCAACGUGGUGAUAGAGAUUCAGAGAUAGCUUCAAUUAUUCGUGACACUGAUAUGAUAGAUAGCCAAAUGGCUGGAAAACCUUACAAAGUUGGUCGUUUCAACCAUAGUCUUAGAGUUAGAUUAAUGAGGGAGCAUCUUGGAAUCGAUGUCGAUGAUAUUAAAAGUAAUGAAACAUUUGCGAAAGGAGAAUCUGAAGCGGUAUCUCAUGAGCAACCUCAAGCUAAUGGUGAAGAAGGCAUUGGACAGACGAGUGGUUCUAAAUACUGGGCACCUGAGAAUGACCAUAUACAUACAAAGGAUGAUAGACAUUACCACAACAAACAGGCCCCAGAUCUUGAAGUAACAGAGCCACUUGACAGAUUGCAGAAUGCUAUAAAGAGAUCUUAUCAAGAAUUGAGAGGUGAAGCAAAUGAUGAUGCAUCUAUCAGCAAGAAAGUGGAACAAGAUGAAGCUGACAAGGUUAAUGGAGAUAACCUAAUUACACCUGAAAGACCAUACGGUAGUAACGUCGAGAGACGCACGCGUAGUCGCGGAUACAGUACUACGUCAUCUGCAACGGCUUUCGAUCAGCGUCGUGGAAGAAGAUCAACAAUUGCUACGACCAAGAGUGGGAACUUCACUAUGCCAUUCCCGGGUCCUUCAUUCGAUAAGGACAGCUUCAUAGAUCCUUGUUCUGAGACCUUCUUUGAAGAUAUUUGGAUAGCUUCUGCAAUCUACAAUACAGAGAUUUAUAGAAAGGUCUUCCACGUAACACCAGACGAUACAGUUACUACAUGGGGUCAUUUGAAGAACUUCAAUAUGCUUGCUGACAAGCACAAGAGACCAAUAGUCGAGGAUCUCACCAAUGGUGUGGAACGGUCGAACAGUGGAUCAUCAUCGAGAUACCUCAACGGCUUUACUAAUAAUGACGAAGAAAGCAAUGGAUCGCCUAAACCACAAAGAAGUAGACGUAAUACACGUAAUCCGAGCGUUACUGCGGAACCUGGUGGUUACACUCGUAGUGAAAUUGAAUCAAUGGAGAAAAUGUUAAAUCAAUUAAAAGGCAACUUAGUUUUAUACCCAACUAAGUUCCUUGAAACUGAAGAUAUGUCUGGCAAUUUCCUCUUUAAUGCUGAUCAUCUACAUCCACUUCAAGUAUACAAUUAAUAUACCCAUAAAAACACUCCUUGUACUUUUUCUAAAUUACCUUAUUCUUCAUACUACAACUAUCAUGAAAAUCAGCGAAAUAAAGUUAAAGCAUUCAAUCAAAGGCUUGAAAGCGUAUGAGAAGUUAGCGCUUAGGAAAUUCGACAGUGACGAUGCGUGGUUUAUUUCAGAUAAGCUGCGUAGUUACGAUUACGAGGGUUCAAGCAUCGUUUUCACUGUCCGUUUGUUCAACGGUUUAGAGUUAACUUCAGGCGUAAUUGGACAAGUUGCACCACACAACUACGACUGGUUGAAUGCUAAAUACAACACCGUAGCUAAAUACCACAUGUCUAGUCAUCUCUAUGGACAAAACCUUAUCGUAAAACAUCAUUCUAUACCUAGUUGGCAAUUAUCACCUGAAGAUACAUCACGUAUUGCUGCAAUGGCAGAUGUGAGCGAGUAUACCAAUGAAUACUUUCGUACUCUCCUCGUAGAAGAAAAAGGAUGUCAAGUCGACUGGAAUGAGUUAAGUGAUGAUUACAGAACUUUCAUAAGCACCUUUGAGAAAAAGACACUUCUACAUUUUACUGGUGACGAACUUGAUGGAUUCUUCAAAUCCAUCUUCCCAAGUUCCGUUGCGAAGACUGGUCCGAAUGGCUGUUAUUAUAUUGAAAAUGUCCGCAUAAAGGAUUCUAACGAGAAACUGAAGAUUAGUCCAACUAAUCUCAUGGGUGAAAAAACUGAAAACAAGUAUCCGGAGUAUGCAGCUCAUGGAGGUGCUUUCCCUAUCAAUAUUAAGAAUGUAUUGAGUCCAAUUGGAGCACUAUCAAUAUCAGGUUUGCCUAAUGGAUCGCUAGACCAUGCUGUGGCUUAUAACGUCAUUACUGAAUUGGCUGCACAUCAAGCUUAAGUCUAGAUAGGAUCGUCUGACUGUGAUUGUCAUCAAAGGUAUACUGUAACUUGUAAAAUUUUGACGAAAUACAUUACUCAAUUGGAAAUCAAGAAUCUGAAAUGUUUCUACGGCGGAUUAAUUAAGUGGAGACAACAAUUAUAUAGGUAAAAAUGCAUUAUGAAGGUCCCAUAAUAUUUCAGCGAAUAGAUUUGAUCAACAAAAACACGGUUUGUGUCCAAAUUCCAAAAACAUAAUGCUUGAUUAACUCUAGCUACACUUUU